UUGUUGGUGGGCUGCUUGUCUUUUUGCGAGGGGGUUGGAUGGGUUGGGUUAGAUUGCGUGAGGAAGUAAGUAAGUGUAGAUGAGAUGUGGUGUGCAUGGAGUGGGUGUAUUCGCAUUGUUUGUACCAUGGGCAUGGCGUGGCGUGGCAUGGAUUGGUGUUUGCAUUUUCGCGGUUACAUUCUUCGUUUCCUUCUUCUCCCUAGAUUAAUGCACCGAGCCAUUUUUUUCGUCGUCGCGUUCUUUGUUUCUUGCACUCUUUUCCUUCCUACCCACUCUACUAUUCAUCUGGUUCGAUCUGUAAGUCCUCUUUAUUGAUCAUCGCGUAAUUCACAAACAGCCACGGCAUACCAUAGUGUAGUUCGGGUACUUUUUCCUUGUACCUACCCUAUUACCUGCUCGUCAUCUUACUUACCCUUUGAUCUGGUUUUUUCGCCGCUGAGUACGGA